AUUAAAGACAAUUAUUGGUCAAUUUUAAGUGUAGUGUACAAUUGUUAUGUUAUAAAAUAUAAAUUAUUUUAGCGUGUGUGUGGCAUUUAUUUAAAACGUUUUAAUUUAAAGUGAUUGUUUUUCUAACAGUGGAUUAUAUUUUUAUUUUAAAGCAUGUUACCUUUUAAUGAAUUCUUUAUGUUUCAAUCCGGACACUCACCAAGAUAAUUUAUGAAUGACUCAAAUUCUAUGGAUGAAUGCAAAUCUUUUAAAAAACAAUAUGACACGUGUUUUAAUGCUUGGUUCAGGGAUAAAUUUCUUAAAGGAAGUAACGAUGACUCUGUGUGUUCAGAGCUUUUGAAGAACUACACAGGCUGUGUCAAGAAUGCAAUGAAAGAAAAGGACAUUGUUAUUGGAGAAUUCAGACGAUAUCAUCCAAAAGUUAGUCCUAACUAUGAACCAUUUAAAAAUAAAUAAAAUGUUUUUUUUGAGUUCAGUAUGUGUGGUGAAGAAGAGUUCAAAGAAAUAUUUAUUUAUAAUAUAAUCAUUGUACCAAUGGUUUAUAAUUAACUAUAAUAUAUUAUAUUUAGACAUGACUGCA